AAGCAUAAAAGGUCCCACCUGGAAGAGGUGGAGGGAUGGCAAACAUUAAACCCCACACAGCCUCAUCCAAGACUGGACAAGGGAGUCACCCAGGAGCGCUUCAAGCUGUCUGCUCUGGUGGUCCCUCACCAUGUGUCAACAAGUUUAUGUACCAUAUCAAUGAGAUAAAGAAGUUACAAAUAUGCCAGCAGGUAAGCAAAUGUCAUAUGAGAUCACAUUUGCAAUUACAUAAAAAAAGAAUGUUUUUGUCCACCUUGCAUCAGUCUGGAGAAUAUCAGCCACCAGCAGAUCUGUACAUUGAAGGCAUAGGAAUUCCUGCCAAAGAUCAUUGUCCAUUACAGAAAAAGGUAAAUGAUGUCUUAACCGAAACUGUGCAUUUGGUUGAGUGUUUGGAGGCCGAUCGGCAGCAUGUAAUGCACGCUCUCGACAAAGAGAAGAAAGGAAAAAUAUUGCUGGAAAGCGAGCUUGAGAAUCUUUCACUGUUGAAGCAAAAAGCUAUCCAGAAAGAGCAUGAGGCUUCCAGUAAAGAAAUCGAGGAAUUGAAGUUGCAGCUUAAACUGGAAAAACAGAAAUUUGAGCAGGUCCAAGAGAAAUUGUCAUCCGCUGAGGUGUUCAAUCAGCACUUAAAGGAAGACAUGGGAUUUGCCCUAAAAGAAGUAUGCAUUGCAAGAAAAAACCUGGAAAUCCAGAAAGAUCAGCUAAAUCAAAUUAAUAUGGCACAAACCGAGAGCACUGAGAUCCUCAAGUUACAUGGUCCUUGA